AUGGCCGAGUCGACUGAUUUCUAUGGUUAUCUACCCGGCAAGCCAGCGGCUGUAUUUGGGACUGCUUACUUUGGCACCUUGACGCUUGCUUGCAUUCUUCAAAUGAUUUUCGGAAAUUUUAAACAUUACUGGAUGAUCACCCUUGCCCUCGCUGCUGUAGGAGAGGCCAUUGGAUGGGGCGGGCGGCUCUGGGCACAUUACGAGCCCGCAAAUUGGAUGCCAUUCAUGAUUCAAAUCUGCAGUCUUAUCGUCAGUCCAGUAUUCAUUUCCGCCGCGGACUAUGUCCUUUUUUGCAAAAUUGUUGAGAAAACAGGGGACAGACUCUUCCACAUCCCUUCCAAAUUCUUUUGGAUUGCUUUCAUCAUCCUCGACAUCAUCUCAUUGGCCAUUCAAACUGUAGGGGGGAGUCUUGGUAUCAAGCGCGCAGAAUUACGACCAGCUGAACCACGGAUCAAACGUAAUGCGCUCUGGCAUUAUUUUUCAGUUCAGCAAUACCGUUCUUUUUGUGGCAUUGAUGUUGGGAACAGCUUUCAGACUGCGGACGAAGGGAAUCCGGCUACUAUCGAUCACAGGAUGGCCGGUCAUGGUGGCUAUGUGGGGUUCGACAAUAAUGGUGUUUGUUCGUAA